GGUAACCGUCCGAUGUGAAUGACGAAUUGCUGCGUGAUCACUCCACCUCCAUUGAUACAUUAUCCGCUGGGUGUGUCUCGGGAAUAAUUGAGGCAAAACACAAUGCAUCACCCAUAUCAAUGCUUGGCUACAUGCAGGCCCAGCACGGACGGCCCGCAUUAUCUGCUUGCUGCCAGCGGGCACAAGCUCUUCUCAGUAGGCCUGGAAGAUGGAAUCAUAGUUAGUCGAUGGCCCAAAACAGACGAAAAUGAUAUCAAGAUAGAAACACCGGAAGCAACAGAAAGUGAGAUGGCUGGUCCGCCGACAAAGAAGCGACGUCUCUCCGUCACAAAUGACCGGGAAAUUUUGCCAAAUAUCAUCAAGCUCGCCGUCACCCAUUCUCAGCAACACGUUGUGGUUGUUACAGGUGAAGACAAAUGCAUUCGUGUCUUUUAUAUUUCGCCUCAAGGGCAACUUUCGCAGCUCAGCAUGCGAGCUAUGCCAAAGCGGCCUUGCGCCCUGGCCUUCACGUCAGAUGACUCCGAAAUCUUUUGUGCGGACAAGUUUGGAGACGUCUAUUCGCUCCCAUUGCUUCUCGAUCCUGACAAAGAGGCCGAAUACAUAGCAGCACAGCAAGCCGCGGCUCUGAAAGAAGCAAGUGAGUAUGCUCCGGCUGCCACAGAGCUCACGGUGCAUUCUGCGGCAAAUCGCAGGGCACUGGAGAAUCAGCUACAGCAGGCCAAGGAAAAGGCAAAUCAAAAAUUGAAGGAAUGGUUGCCGUUCUCACAUCAGUUGCUUUUGGGUCACGUGUCCCUGCUUACAGAUAUGCUGGUGACUACCAUUCGGACUUCCGAGGAGGAGGAGAAGCCAAGGACGUACAUACUAACGUCCGACAGGGACGAGCAUAUUCGUGUUUCAAGGGGACCACCGCAGGCAUUUGUCAUAGAAGGCUAUUGUUUGGGCCACCACGAAUUUGUGAACAAACUCUGUCUGGCCGAACCAGGGGUGCUAGUGUCGGGAGGAGGAGAUCGCGAACUCAUCGUGUGGGACUGGCUGCGGCAGAAGGCGGUAAACAGAAUUGACAUUCUCGACGCAGUCAAGAGAGCAAGGCUCCAUGUCCGCACCGGAUCUAACGAUUCGGACACCUCUGAAAAGCAAGGAGAACAAGCCAGUCAGGUGGAAACAGGGUUGGAAGAAAAGGACAGCAAGCUUGCGGUCUCCGGGCUUUGGCUGUUCGCGGACGCAUCACUCGAGACUGAGCCGCAACUCUUGAUCACUUGUGAGGGUGUUCCGGCGGUGCUGUAUAUUCCGGUAGCUGCACUUCACAACGAAGAUGCCCAAGGUGAGAUCAGCUUUCUUCCUCUGGACGGGAAUCCAUUAGACGUCGUAUCGACGGGAAACACGCUACUGGUCUCCACUGACAACAUCCAUUGCGCCGGCUCUACAACGGACAUUGAAACCAGUGAGGCGUUCAGACCGCGCCUCCAAGCCUUCCAGGCCUUGGGCGAGGAACUGGGAGGAGCGGCUGUGUUUAAGCCAGACCAACACCUCAACAACAAGCUGGUGCAGUUGAACGAGCAGAGCACAGUGGGGUGGCACGAGAAGGCGCUGCAAACGCUGCUGUACAGCGUCGAGAACCUUCGUAAGCGAGCUGGCGUGGACGACUCAGGUACAGACUGAGCGAAGGUUGAGAUGAGCACCUCGGACAACGAAUUGACCGGGUAACGCUGGCAUGCCCAAAUGAAGCCUGGCCUCGGUCCGGGACAUUUUGUAUGAAGUAUUGAUAGACAGAAGUCAGCCAACGAGGCGUUUGUACUGAAGCGAGUCUCGACUGCGAUGGGUUUGGUAAGCGGGCCCACCCAUGCAGCCGAAUGCAAGCCGUGGACGGCGCCUCGCCCUAUGGGGGCCCCUCUGGUCUUGGGGGGUGUCGCCCCUGGAGCCGGGGGGUGCAUUAGCGGCACUUGCGUGAGCGAUGACGCUAGAAUUCAAGCAGCAAAAAAAAAAUCAUCUGGCCCCGGUCGGUUGCGUCCAGAUUCGCGAUGCCGGCCUCAUUAUCAAUCAA